GAAAAGGGAGGGAAUAAAAUUCUUCCUUUAGAUUUGGGGAUGCAUUGUAUAAAUUAUUUUAGAAAUGCUGUUGUACCGGUAAGCAAGCAAAAUACUAUUACAAAAAAAAAAAAAACGUAUAAACAAUUAACAACAAAAAAAAAAAGGGACAGAGACAUAAAGUAGCGUGUUUUUCGGUACAGAGCACGAGGGGGGCAAAAGCCGAUUGUCUCACACGUGGCAUCCUUGUUCACCACUGGAUUAGUCACAACUCAUCCACCACCAUUGAUCUUAUUUUUCAAUUUUCCAAUUCUGUUUUAUUUUUGCAGCCCCUCUCUCUCCCCCUUGUUUUGAGCUGAUGAUGAUGAUGGAGAAAGAGUAACCCCAACCUCCAAUUCCAAACCUCAGAAGAGAAUUAUACAACAAAAUACCAAAAAAAAAAAAAAAAGAAAAAGAAAAAUUAUAUAUAUAUAUAAGGAAAAAGAAUGGUGAUUCAUUCCCUCAUUUCCUCAUUCAUUCAGCUGUAAAAUAAAAACAAAAAAAAAACAGGAAAAAGAAAGAGCUGAAAAGUUCAUGAGUAGCAAGUAGCGAGAGAGAGAGAGAGUGAGAAGAAGAGAGAGAAAAGAGACUCAAAUAGCAAAAGAAUAGAAGAAAGAAGGGUCCGUGGGUAUGACUUAAAUUGGUUACCUGCAGAGAGAGAGAGAGAGAAAGAGAAGAAAGUGGGAGCACAGCAGCAGAAGAAGCAGAGAGAGGAGGCAGUCUUCAGCAGCAGCAGCAGCAGAGAAGGCAGCAGCUUGUAAAAGAGAGAAAGGAAAAGUGGGCUUUUGGGAGGAGUGAAUUUUUUUUUUUUCAGUUUUGGUGUUAAGUUUUUUGCUUUUUUGGUGGGAUGACGGCGUGGCAGAGGAAGAGCUGUAAUUCUUAUGGCUAUUAAUGCUUCCUUCUCAUCGCACACAGCCACACAGAAUUGAUGAAAGGGUGGCUCGAUGAAACUUUCUCAUUAAUACUCCCUUUCUUCUCUUUUUUUCUUCAUCAAAUCUUCCUCUUCCUUCUCCUCUCUCUCUCUUUCGGCUCUGUGUCUCAAAAGUCUUCUCCUUAACUCUGUCUGUCCAAGAACCCCCCCCAAAAAAAAAAACCAACAAUAAAUUGAUGAAAAGCUGCACUGCCCCGAGCCAACAACUCUCAUUCACUACUCCAAUUCGUCUUUCUUAUUGAGCUAGAUAGAUCCUCCCAUUUGGGUUUUCAUUAUUAUUAGCAUCAAUCCAUCAAUCAAUAAUAGUAUAAGGUAAAAAGAAGAAGAAAGAACCCACUGAUUUCCUCAGAAUAAAGACCCAAAUUCUCUGACCUAGAACAAGAGAGAGUAGAAAUGUUUUGUUUUUUACUUUCCCCACUCAUCAUAAAUAAAUUUCAGCUGCUGGGGGGGAUCGAGUGAGAGUGUUUUAAUAAAGGUAACAACAAUAAUUUAUUUUUAUUUUUGGAGGAGAGACUAGUAUUAUAACUGUAAACAAGACUAAUAAAGAGAAGAGAGUACCCCCCAUAUAUAUAUAUCAUUGUUGGGUCGCAAUCACGGCAGAGUUUAGGCAUCAACUGCUAUGGAUUGUCAGCCACAAUUGAGGUCUGCGAAUACAGGAUUAAAGGUAGUGGAAUCAUGGCUGGCUUCUUUUCACUAGGAGGUGGCGGCGGCGGUGGUAGCGGAACCAGAGGAGGAGGAGGAGGAGGAGCAGGAACAGCCAGCAGCAACCAGAGCAGCAGCCACAACAAUACCACCACCACAAACACAGAAAUCAACCCGGAGAAUUGGUUCCUUUACAGAAAUGAUGACAUCCCAUACAAAGGCUUCGAGUUAUGGCAUCCUCAGCCCCACCCAUACGGCCACCACCACAAUCAACCCUCAGCUGCUGCUGACAACAUUCACCGCCACACUCCCUCCAUACAGGAUCUUUACUCCACCGCCGGAGGAGGAGGAGGAUCGGGACUAGACAUCGGCGGUCCCAGCACCAGCCACCACCACCACCACCGCGGCGGAGUCGGGCUAAACAUAUCGUCGUCGGAUCAUCAUGAGGCGUCGAGAUCGGGGUUCGUGAUGAUGAGGAGCAGUGGGGGUGGGAUAAGCUGCCAAGAUUGUGGGAAUCAAGCUAAGAAGGAUUGCACACACAUGAGAUGUAGGACUUGUUGCAAGAGUAGAGGCUACGAUUGCGCCACCCAUGUUAAAUCCACUUGGGUUCCUGCUGCUAAACGACGUGAACGCCAGCAACAAUUGGCUUCUUUGCAGCACCGCCAACAAGAUGAUUCUUCCCCUUCUUCCCAACCUGACCAACACCAACACCAAUUACUUCAGCUCCAUCAUCCUCAUAGCAAACGCCCUCGAGAGAAUGCUUCCUCUCUUGUUCGCUUACCUUCUGUUACCUCAGGGUUGGAAGUGGGACAUUUUCCGGCGGAAGUGAACACGUCGGCGGUUUUUCGCUGCGUGCGGGUGAGCUCCAUCGACGACAAUGAGGAUCAGUACGCUUAUCAAACGGCGGUGAACAUUGGGGGACACGUCUUUAAAGGAAUUCUUUAUGAUCAAGGCUUGGAGAGUCAGUAUAUGGCUACCGAAAGCUCGUCGGGCGGCGGGAGUGCAAGUACCACCGGUGUUCAACAGCUUAAUCUUAUCGCCCCGACUGCUGCUGCUACCGCCGCUUCAACGGCCACAACCACCGUUAGCGGUGGUGCUUCGGCGUCGCCGUUCCUUGAUCCUACUUCUAUGUAUGCGGCACCAAUAAACAGCUUCAUAGCUGGUACGCAAUUCUUCCCACCCCCACGGUCCUGAUCCCAUCAACAAAAGAGCAAAAAAUCUUCUUCUAAUCAACAUUUGACUUUUCUUCUUCUGUUGUAUCUUCUUAAUGUACGUGGGUUAUAGUAGUUCUUUUUUUCUUUUUUUUUUUUUCUUUCCCUUACUGUUUGUAGAACAAUUUGACAGGCAUUAUGGUGAUGAUUUAAAAAAAAACCAAUUGAUUUUAUGAAAUUAGGAAGACAAAAGAGGAGGAAAUGAGGGAAUGGUGUUUUUCUUCUUUUCAGUGCAAAUUUCGAUGCAAAUUUGAAGUAUGGCUUCUUGGUUUUUCUUUUCUCUCUUUGAAAUAUAUAUAUAUAUAUAUAUAUAU